AUGAUGAUGCAAUGUCUAGAUGGAUUAAAGCACUUAUCCACAUUUCUGCUGACUUGCUGUGAUGCUGACCAUCAACCGCGCUCCAGGGUCCUUCAGAACCCCAAGGCUGUGGCUAGAGGCACUGUGUUUAGUGUGAAUGACAUUGAAGCUCUUUACGAGCUGUUCAAGAGCAUCAGCAGAGACGGCCUUAUCGACAAGGAAGAGUUCCAAUUGGUAUUAUUCAGGACAAACAGUAAGAGAAGUUUUUUUGCUGAUAGGGUGUUUGACUUGUUUGAUACCAAGCAUACUGGGAUUCUAGAUUUUGAAACCUUUGCUCGUGCCCUCUCGGUCUUUCACCCCAAAGCUCAAAUCGAGGAUAAGAUUGACUUUUCUUUCAGGCUGUAUGAUCUGAAGCAGCAAGGGUAUAUAGAGCGACAUGAGGUGAAGGAAAUGGUAGUGGCGACUCUAGCUGAAACUGGCAUGAAUCUUUCUGAUGAUGUGUUGGAGAGCAUCAUAGACAAGACAUUUGAAGAAGUUGAUACUAAGCAGGAUGGGAAGAUUGAUAAGGAAGAGUGGCAGAGUCUUGUGUUCCGCCAUCCCUCUCUGAUAAAGAACAUGUCGCUUCAGCAUCUCAAAGACUUAACCAAGACGUUUACGAAUUUUGUGUUCCAAACAAUAGUGUCGGACACCUGA